CGUUAUUGACACUUUUUCCCGGCUGAAUUGACCGUGCCAGGGGGUAUGACACUUCCAACAGGAGAUUCCUCCUCAGUGCCUUGCGCCACAGAAACAAUAGAGACGGCACCUCCCCCAACUCAUGGUUCUCAGGCCUCCACGUCGGCCUCACAUCCCACGGCGCCUACGCUGAAUCAUUCAAGCCCUGAACCCUCCAAACCAGACCAGCCGCCAAGUACAAACUCUACUCGAGUCCAGAUUCCGAAGCUCUCUGCGGCGACUACCGCUCUUUUGGCACGAAUCACGGGUAAUAUCAAAGGGGGGCAACAAAGCGAUGAUCAUCCGAACAGUAUCAGUUACGGCAACCCUUAUACACCCGUUAGUUCGUCUCGAACUUCUACGAAUCAAAGUCUGGAUCAUCGAAGCUCUCAGAUUCCAGCCAAAAUGAGGACUUCUUCCGCGAUUCUUGAUCUCCCUACACCUCCAUUCGUUUACUCCCAUCAUAUGACCGCCCCAGCGGUCUCUCAUCAGACAACCGCAGCUACAUCUACAUCUAUACCAGCACCGCCUCAAGGGAACACUGUGAAACCGGGCCUUGUUGCUAUAGCCCCAAGACCUGCUGUCGUGCCCUCAUCGGUGCCACCAGCGCCGUUACAAUUUCACCAGCCUCCACAGCCCCAGUUAUCUCCCCAACGAUCAUCAGCGCCACUGGCUCCAUUACCAGCGCUGGCACCGGGACCGAUUCCCAUACCACCGCCAGCCUCACAGCCGCAACCGGUAGCAUCGGUAACCGAAGUGCCCUAUCCAAAACUCACUCUAUCAAAACCAAAGAAACCAGUUGCCAGUGCUCGUUCACGCAAAAACACUAACGGGGCUAAACGGCCAAAGAAACGCAAACGGGGCAAUGACAGCGACAGCGAGGUCAUCUGGGCGGGCGACUCGAGCACAGAUGAGUCGGAUGUCGCGCCCAUCACCACGCAGACAAAGUCCGGCCGCCAGGUGAACCGACCUUCAUUGUACGUGCCCCCGCCAGCGUCAUCGCCGAGCGUCAUCAAGGAAAAUAAUCACAGUUUUCCGACAGAUGGGUCGGACAACACACAUACCCCGCCUACGGCAGCCGCUCGAAAACGAAAGCGGGUGUUUCGCAGAGGAAAGGAUACCAUCAUCACUUGUGUCCAUUGUCAAAGGGCGCACAGUCCGCUCAGCAAUAUGAUUGUUUUCUGCGACGAGUGCAACAGCGCUUGGCACCAGCUGUGUCAUGACCCUCCCGUCGCGGCCGAAGUUGUUGCUAUUAGGGAGAAAGAAUGGUUCUGUAAGGACUGCAGACCAAUCCAGGUCGGCAUUACACAACCGACAGUGGUUAGAAGCAACCCGAGUAUAGGCCUGCAAUCUGCGCAGACCCGGCCUCCCGUUCAUCUUCCUCUAAUUCUCCCCAAGACAGAAGUCGGAGGGGGAAGCUUCUCGGAGGAUGAGCGGAGGGGGUAUUUGUCAACCUUUUCGCAUGCUGCACUUGUUGAGCUGCUUGUCACAAUAUCAAGUAGUCACCCCUCCCUACCAAUGUUCCCCGAGGAUCUGAAAACAUCACAAACCUCAAAUUUCUUUUUCUUGCCGAAGACGGCCGCGGCGCUCCCAGGGAGUCCACCCAUGGACAGCUCUACUACUCACCCUACAUCCGCCGUACCGAACGGCACAUCAACGGUCAAUGCCCACUCCGUACCCCAAUCUCAAUGGGAAGCGGAAGAUCCCGACGAUGAACUGGAAUACGAAAUCGAAGAGCACCGACUAUAUCCGAGGGCCGGGAACGGAUUUCAACUUCCAUUCGAUACUAAAGACAUGGACAUAAUGCGCGAGGACGUUGCCUGUCCGACUUUUAGCUACUCGUUGCAUGGUCCUGCACGCCUUCGAGCGCAAGAUGGCACUUCAGCCCCUGUCUGGGGUACCGUAUGACCUUUGGCGGUCUUUUUUUCAGUCUCAGCUUGGACUAUGGCCUAGCGUGCAACUCAUCAUCAAUGACCUAUCGGGCCCGAGAUAUGUUCGUCUUGCUUUGCAUGACCUGGCGGUGUUUAGCUUCCUGGUUCACGGUUUGGACUCAUAUUAAUAUCACAACGGGCGCUGAGGACUUCUAUAUCCAUAUCAGCACCAACCAUUGCAAAUUCAAUCGGCCCCAGCCGAAAAUCAAUACCAUCACUCCCACCACUAUACAAAUCUAUAUAUCCCAUCCAGCUUCGAAACCCAUGGAGAUAGCUUUAAUCUCCCACCGCAAAUAACAUCCCGAUUAAUUCUAGACGGCGGAUCCCACACCACCUCAGCGACGCUAUUUCGCGGCCGCGCAACAACAUCACACCCAGUAUCAUCUCGAGCGUAGACGAGCAGUAAAUCCGCACAACAACCAACAUCAACAGUAACCCCACCACCACCACCACCCUCAUCCAUCCCGAUCGCCGCGCGCGCCCGCGUAGAC